AUGGCUCGAUUUUGGGAGUUUGCUCAAUUGACCGAUGGCUGGAAAAACGCUUCGUACUUUGACGAGAUACCUCUUUCGAAACCUUCGGCUACGUCUGUGGAUGAAUCAACAUGCAACAAAUCCUCUGGAACGAAACCGAAUGUAUCAGAUGAGAGUAUGCAAAGCCAAGGGAAAUUGUACAUCGGCGGCAUCGCGGCUGUAUAUCAAAAUCCUUCGCCAUUGAAGAAGGCGGGUGUGACGCAUGUGGUGAGUUUGUUGGAUUGGGAAAUGGACGAGGAAGGGAGGAAGAAAGUGGCAGAAGUCACUGAGGCUGGGAAGCAGAGGACUCGAGGUGCUGAAAUUGUUCAAGGGGAUGAUAGAUGGCUUCGAAUCGAUGUCGAAGACGAUGAACGUCAAGACUUGGCCAAAUGGUUCGAGAAGACAAAUCACUUUAUCCAUCAGGGCCUUCAGGAAGGUGGUGGAGUCUUCGUGCACUGUGCCAUGGGAGUGAGUCGAUCCGCGACGAUAGUCUGUGCAUUCUUGAUGUGGAGAUUUGAAGUUGGGAGGGAAGAGGCUCUGGAAUGGGUGAGGAGAGGAAGGGCAAGAUGUAGGCCGAAUGACGGUUUUUGGGAGCAGCUGGGUCUGUAUGAAAAAGCUCUGCAGGAAAGACGGAAAAUGCAGGGGAUUCCCAAGUUGUAA